AUGUCUUCUAUUCGACUACGCAUCGACGGUCGCAUAUUCCGCGAUCCUCAGAACCGCGAAGUCACCCUGCACGGCAUCAACUGCGCGGCAGACGCCAAAUUCCCUGCAAAGCCAGAUCAACCAUCACACAUACCAGACAACUUCUUCGACGGCGAUAACGUUUCCUUCGUCAAUCGGCCAUUUUCCCUAGAAGACUCGGCCACCCACUUCUCGCGUUUACGUAGUUGGGGCUACAACACCAUUCGCUAUGUCUUCACAUGGGAAGCCAUAGAGCACGCGGGACCAGGAAAGUACGACGAGGACUGGAUAGAUCACACCAUCUGUCUACUGCGCAAGGCAAAAGAAUAUGGCUUCUACAUCUUCAUGGAUCCCCACCAGGAUGUCUGGUCACGAUUCUCUGGAGGCUCUGGUGCGCCCAUGUGGACUCUCUAUGCUUGCGGGCUGGACCCCGAGCACUUCGCCGUUACCGAAGCCGCCCUCGUACACAACACAUAUCCCGAUCCUGCCACAUUCCCUAAGAUGAUCUGGACUACCAACUACACACGAUUAGUAAAUCAAGUCAUGUGGACACUCUUUUUUGGUGGCAGGGAUUUUGCGCCGAAGGCUAUCAUGGACGGCAAGAAUAUCCAGGACUAUCUGCAGGAGCACUAUAUCGGAGCAUGCGAGCAUCUCGCCAAGCGGAUACAACAAGCCGGUGACUUAUGGCAUGAUCCAGUCAUCGGAUGGGAAAGCAUGAAUGAGCCCAACAGAGGCCUCAUCAGCUACCAGGAUAUCACCCAGAUCCCCACCGAACAGAAACUACAAAAGGGUACUUCACCGACUGCUUGGCAGGCGAUACUUACCGGAUCGGGUAGAGCUUGCGAGAUCGCGACUUGGGAGUUUGGUGGUUUGGGACCCUACAAGAGCGGUUCGGUAUUGGUAGAUCCCGAAGGCACAAUAGCGUGGCUAUCAAAAGAUUACGACGACACCAAAUACGGCUGGAAACGCGAUCCGGGCUGGAAGUUGGGCGAGUGCUUGUGGGCGCAACACGGCGUCUGGGACCCAGCGACUGAUACUGUUCUGAAGAAGGACUACUUUGGAAUUGACCCUAAGAAUGGAGCCAAGAUUGAUUACGAGUACUUUACGAACCACUACUGGCUACCGCACUACCGCGCGUACAGUAAGAUGGUUAAGUCGAUAUUCCCAGACUCCCUGAUGUUCUUCCAGCCUCCAGUACUGGAGAUACCACCAACUGUCAAGGGCACAGAAGAUGACGACCCUAACAUGAUCUUCUCACCGCAUUUCUACGAUGGAAUUACUUUGAUUACUAAGAAAUGGAAUCGCGUAUGGAACGUUGACGUUUUUGGUGUUCUGCGAGGCAAGUAUUUAACGCCAGCGUUCGCUAUCAAGAUUGGAGAGAAUGCUAUCAGGAACUGCUUCUCGCACCAGCUCAAGGCAAUCCGCGACGAGGGUACAGAGUACAUGGGAGUUCAUCCUUGCAUCUUCACAGAGAUCGGCAUUCCAUAUGACAUGGACGAUAAAUACGCGUACAAGACUGGCAACUACAGCAGUCAGAUAGCAGCGCUGGAUGCGAACCAUUUCGCUCUUGAAGACAGUAAAGCUAACGGUUUCGCAUUGUGGACAUAUGUUGCAAAUAACUGCCAUUACUGGGGCGAUCUUUGGAACGGUGAGGACCUGUCCAUCUACUCAGUAGACGACAAAGCUGUACCAGCCGGUGCCUUCUCGCCAGCCGACUCUCGUGCAUCACUAGACACCAAUUCACCUACUUACUCAAGGGCGCAAUCGACCGACACCCUGAGCAUCAGUCCUUCCAACCUGCAGAAGACCAUUACGCCAGAACGAAUGAGUUCCAAGAAGGACGAAGGCGAUGUUCGUGGUUUACGCGCAGCAGAAGCUUUCAUCCGCCCUACUCCUGUCGCAGUUCACGGAGACAUUUCAUCAUAUGGGUUUGAUCUUAAGAACUGUACAUUCAAACUUGCGCUUGCUGCGCCAAGCUCGACAGCAGAAGAAUUCCCUACGAUCUGUUACCUCCCUGAGUUCCACUUUCCAUCGGGACAAACCAGCGUCGAAGUCAGCGGCGGCAAGUGGACCAUCACAUCUGAAGAGACAAAUGGUGCGUUGCAGCAGACGCUGCGGUGGUGGCAUGCAGAAGGCGAUCAACUCAUCACGGUCAAAGGCGUUGUGCGAAAGGCAGGUAGCGCAUUAGGCACGGAAGAGGAUGAAGGGUACCUUCAGCAGUGCCAGAAGCAGACUUGCGUUGUCAUGUAA